AUGGAAUGGUUUUUCUUCUGGGACUGCAAUUUCGUGUCCCCAUCAAGCAUUAAGCUCAAUAAGCAUUUCAAUAUGAGCAGUGAACAAGCUGUAUUGUUAACCAACCACUUUUUAACUCCCAAGUUUUCAACCUUCUUUUCAAGGAACCAAGCUCUCCACAAUUUGUUUUCUUUUCUUGUCUCCUUGUAUCACUCUUUGCAUGUAUUCUUCAUUUUGACAUUUUUUGUUCUGCAUUACCAGGUAUAUGAUGUGUCAUCCUAUUUGAAUGAGCAUCCUGGUGGAGAUGAUGUUUUAAUCGCUGCAACUGGGAAAGAUGCCACUGACGAGUUUGAGGAUGCUGGGCAUAGCAAAAGUGCCAGGGAACUCAUGGAGAAAUUCUGCAUUGGGGAGCUAGACGAAUCUUCCCUGGCAAUCCCUGAACUUGAAAUUGUUCGAGCAAAGCAAGCUGCUGACACCUCAAAGAAGAUUGUGGAGUUUACUAAGCGAUACUGGGUUGUUCCAGUAGCUGUUGCAGGCAUAUCUGCGGUUGUUGGCUUUCUAUACUUGAGAAAGAAGUGAUCCAAUUUGCAUCUCAUCCCCUGCAAGCUUAUAACAGCUCGAACCUUUUAAACCAUAGUAAAGAGUAGUUUCUGGCAGGAAGAGGGGAGGGUGGGGGGAAGGAAGGAAGAGGUUGAAAGAUCAAACAUUUGAUUGAGCAUUUUUUGUGAUUCAUUUGUUGCACCUCCAAGCAGAACUGACUACUGCAGUGAUACCUUCUUAUAGGUUGGCGGAGGAUCUUUAAAGC